AUUUCAACCGCGCAAGUAGUAUGUGACAAUACUCUCGGUAGGGAUGUUUAUAAUGAAAUAGACACCUUGAAAGCACAACUGGGAGCUCUCACGAAUCAAACACAGAGGAUACAAACUGAGGUACAGUCUAAAAAUGAUAUGACACAAUUUCUGCAGGAGGACGUGAGGAAAUUGAACCAGACUGUGGUUUCCGAGCAACAAAGGAACGCGGUACUGGAAACAAGGGUUGCAGCACUAGAAACAAAGCUUGCAAACACCGUCGCUAGUUUAGCAGAGAUAAAUGGUGACCUGAAGAUGACAAAGAAUCUCACUAAUGCACUAAGCAGUGACCUUCGAGACGGCAACCAAAACGCCACAUUGAUGUCCGACAGGCUACAUAUACUGAAUGCCACUUUUCUAACAGCCAUCGAAUCUUUGGAAAAGGCGACUGAUCUUUUGAAAGAUAAUUUGACUUCAGUGAUCAUCACCAGCUCGAAACCUACCAAAAAUUCUACCUUCUUCUCGUACCGGAAUCUAAACACUUCCUUACCAUUUACUGUCGGACAACCACUAAUUUUCACCGGACGAAUAUCCAGUUCAGAUCCAAGCUAUGAUCCAACCACCGGCAUAUUCACAGCUUCAAAUGACGGCGUUUACCUGCUUUCUACUACGCUUGCAGCUGAUACGAACGACCAUUUAACGUGCUACAUUAUGAGAAACGAUGUGGAGUAUUUGGCCGAGGUACAUUCCUCCGCUUACAAUGCGUAUUCGUCCGCGAGUACAACGAUUGUAGUCGAUGCUAAAGCAGGUGACCAACUCUUUGUUGGUCGUUGUUCGGGAAAUGGAAAGUUGAGUUCGUACAAGUCUUCUUUUUCUGGUGUUCUUGUUCACUAAUAAAACUAAUAAAGAA